CAAAUACCUCGCCACUCCGUCUUCUUCUUCUCAUAAGCCCUUCGAAAACUUCACAAGCAAAACGAAAUUCCCUGCCUCUCUCGCCUCUUCCUCCUUCCCUUUACUCAACAGUCAGAAAAUCACCAAAGGCGCUUCCUUUAAUGGCGGAUAUCACCAUAGCUCUUCCUCAACCAGCCCUGCGCAACAAUUUCACCUCCGGCUGCCAAUUCCGGCCUCCGUUGAUGCCGGAACCCAACAUUUGGUUGCCGGAAGUGGCCAUACAUGCGCUGGAAGAAGAAAAGGAAAUAAUCGAUAUCUGGAACUUAAUCCAAAAUGAAAAACAGAGCACCAAAGCUCCACCCCCACCUUACAUCCACCCACUCGCCCGCCGCUCUUCUAGCCUCAUGAGCCAAAAAAGCUUAGAGAUUUGCACUGAAAGCCUCGGAUCAGAGACUGGGUCCGAUGGAUUCUCCUCCGGCGACGAAUUUGACUUCUUCUCCUUCACCUCCUCCAAAACAGAGGAAGAUACAGAGGAAGAAAUUGACGAAGAAAGAGGGGAGGAAACAGAGGAAGUGAAACAGGGGAAGAAGGAACUCGCUAGUGUGAAUUACCACUGCUCCAUCGGCAGGCGAACUCCGGCGAGGUCAUUCCCCCCACCUCUCCCCUCCAUCUCCUGCCGCGAUGGCCUCUGCCUCAAGAUGCGCCCUCACCGCCGCGACGGCCGCCUUGUCGUCGAAGCCGUCCCCGUCCCCUCCCAAACCUACCUCCAUGCCGAACGCCAAGGCGGCCGCCUCCUUUUAUCCUUCAUCAACUCCUCCUCUCACUCAAACCAAACUCCCUCCAUUGCUCUCCCACAGAACGAAGUGGAAGAACAACAAGAAGAAGCAGAGGAUGCAGAAGAAGAAGAAGUAGUGGAGGAAGAAGUGGAAGUCGUGGACAGGGGAACGAUCGUGGAAGUCAAAGUCAGUGGCUUGGCAGCAGUCAAAGUCCACCGCUCCUCCCUCGUUAUCAACAAAUUCGUCGUCGGCUCCCCUCUCACCGCCGCCGACGUUAAAGUCAGCGCAGCAACUACAACGGCGGCCGCGGCGGCGGUGGCGGCAUCGUCUAUAAGCAAGCCGACUUCCACGUCAGAGGGAUUCCACUAUAACUAUCUCCAUCACCAUCAGGACACCCCGUGGGGCCCGCAAUCGCUGGCGGCGGCGGCGGCAACGGACGCGAAGCUUCUGUUUACUUCGAGGAGACUGAGCAGGGAAGAAUUAUUGCACGACAUGCGGAGGUGUAGCGAACUCCGGCGGCCGCUGUUCAUCUUCGAGCAGCCCCAUUGCAUUGCGACGUCAUCUUGAGAACUUGGCUUGAAUCUCUCUAAUGGAUUUGAAUCGACUCCAUCCAUCCGUUCAUCUUAUCUUCAUUGGUGAUCACCACCACCGGUGUUAAUGACUUUGUUAAGCUGUUAAGUGUAUUGCUGGGAAGUAUUAGUGUGGUAUUAAUUAGCGAUUAGCAUGCUGAUUAUUAUUAUUAUUGUUAUUAUUGUCAUUAUUAAGGUUCUCUUUGCAUAGAGAGCCGAUGAGUACAUAAUAGACGACUGAUAUCUAUCUA